AUGGCUUUUAUUGCUGAAGAUUGUGCAAAACAUAGAGGAACCACCAAGGUUCUUACGGACAUUGAAGAAGAUGAAGAAGAGCUGUUCGAGAUCAAUAUUGAACUAGUAAACAGAAUUCCCCCACCCCAUUACUGGGAAAGCUAUUUCACUGCAACCAGUGAUGUCCUUCUUGCCAAUUGCCUACUCCCGGUGGCCGAUGUUUCAAGCGCGGUUCCACUGACAUCGAAAGCGUGUAAUUUGUUGCCAAUGGAGGCUGUGACAAACAAUAAUAAUGUCCUUGCAGUUGCAGAGGCAAUGGCAGCCUUGCCGGGGAAAAUGCUUGGAAUCAGCACCAGCUGGGGCCAUUUGGGGUAUAUGAAGAAAAAGCCUAUUAGGGCAUAAACACUAAAUACCAUGAAUUCCAUUGUAACACUUAUCAUCUUUUUGUUAGUAUCAUAAGAUUUGUCUAAAUAGCUGUGGACGCUUACACUCUACCAUAAAUAUUAUCAGCA